AUAUAUCUAUAUAACAAUUCAAAUAAGAAACGUUAGAAACACACGUCUCUCUUCGUUGGUGUCGUUUCUUUCCGCAUUGCGAAUCGAGAAAAGAGAAGUUGAACAAGUGGGAGUCGAAGAUGAUAAGGGGCCCAUGGUGGGGCAGCAUCUAGAGGGGGCAAGAAUAAAGCUACUACGGACUGACCUGGUUCGUGGCAGUGUUUGUGCCGGUAUAGCCUCGUGAGUAAACUCGUGGAUCGUUCGUUCACGUUCUCUCUUUUAUUGUUUCUCCUUCAAAAAAAGAAAAGAAAAGAAAAAAAAAAGAAAAAGAGAAUACACAAUCACGUCACAGUCACGCCACGCUACGAGAGAGAAUCGAUCGAGGAAUCCGUGGAUUGAGAGCAGUCGAGCCACGAAAAACAGAAGCUGCAUUUCCAACGCGAUUGAAACGUAAACGAGAAGGUACGUGGUCAAGGAAUUCUGGUUUUAACCAUCACCGAAAGCAGUUUCGAACAAACAAGGGCAUAGGAAGUGAACGAAAACAUGGUGACAUUCGUGUGUCUCGUGAAACGUGCCAUUCAGGCCAAAAACAUGGCCGACACGAGAAAGAGGCGCUUCGAUCGAGCGUUCUUCUCGGUUACUGAUUCGCUCGAAUGCCAAGCCGACUUCUUUCGAAUAGAAUUUCCCCUCGAAUCGAAGAGCCGAGCAAAACGAUGAGCAAGCAAUUCACGAGGAGCGAAGUUGCCAAACUCAGCAACAAGGACAAGACAUUGAUAAUUCUACAUGACAAAGUGUACGAUGUCACGAGUUUCCUAAACGAGCAUCCAGGAGGUGAAGAGGUACUGUUGGACCAUUCGGGCAUCGAUGGUUCCGAGGACUUCGACGAUGUAGGCCACUCCACAGACGCUUUUGACCUAAUGACGAAGUAUCAAGUCGGCGAAUUGAUCGAGUCAGAAAAGACGGGCAACCUGCCUAAGAAGACCUGGACGAAGGAUAAUUUCAAAUCUAACAAAACGAAUCAAGGGGAAAACCAGGGAAUGCCCACCACAAUGGUUGUGUCCAUUCUCGCGGUUCUAGCAGCGAUCGUAUACUUCGUGUACUUAUAAUUUCGUCAGAUCAAAUUCCGUCAUUUCGUUUUAAGAGAAUGUGAGAAGACAAGAUAAUCGAUGAUCAAGCGAUUAAAGUGUGAAUGAAAAUUAUCGUGACUUUUCUCAAUUUUCUUUCAAUUCUCUUCGAAAUAUUACGCGUUUAAAAAUAGAACGAAGCGAAGUCGAAUGAAAUUCCAUCGAUGUCUCUAAUAGCUAGUCGUGGUUAACCGAUUAUAACCGAUGCAUGUAACGAAGAACUACAAAUACAACUAGAUUUCGAAUUUUUACUUGUAAAAUAGAAUAGAAAGAAAUACGUGGUAGCCGUCUAAUCAACAGAAACGCAUUUUCCAAAGUUUUUUAAAUUAAUUUUCUGUUCCUACACAUGUUAAGCGAAUAAAUCUUGUUUUUUGUA